GGAGUUCAUUGCUUCUGCGCAGGGCCUGGAAUUUGAAACAUCUUUGGGCCUCAUAGUGCCGACAUCAGUGACUCCAGCAACACAGUGCAAGGCACCACCAGUGCUGCUUACGGGGGUCUUCUUUCAAGGACAGUUAACUUUUUUUAAUACAGUAUAAGCUGUGAGGGGAUAGAGCUAAAUAUUCAGUGUUUGGAUUACAAAGCGCUUCAGAGCUCAGCAGAACCUAACAACACUCAUGUUUGGAGUUUGAAAACUUUGCAUCUGUGCCUUAUAUUCUGUAACGAUCACAAAUGCUGUGGUAUGAAGAGCCUGGAGAACAUUAUGAAAGAGAAGAUGUUCAAAAGAAAACAUUCACAAAAUGGAUAAAUUCGCAGUUUACAAAGACUAGAAAACCUGUAAUUGACGACCUGUUUACUGACCUUUGUGAUGGAAGAAGGCUUCUCGAGCUCCUGGAGGGUCUUGUUGGUUAUGAUAUAGUAAAAGAAAAGGGAUCCACGAGGGUUCAUGCACUGAACAAUGUCAACAGAGCACUGCAGAUCUUGCAGAAGAACAAUGUUGACUUGGUAAAUAUUGGAGGAAGUGAUAUAGUGGAUGGAAAUCACAAACUUACCCUGGGCUUGAUCUGGAGCAUCAUCCUCCAUUGGCAGGUUAAAGAUGUUAUGAAGGGAAUCAUGGCAAACCUGCAGCAGACUAACAGUGAGAAGAUUCUACUGAGCUGGGUCCGUCAGUCUAUCUCCAACUAUACAUCAGUCAACGUUGUCAAUUUCACUUCCAGUUGGUCGAAUGGCUUGGCUUUCAAUGCACUCAUCCACAGUCACAGGCCUGACCUCUUUGACUGGAAGAAUGUGGCUCAGCAACAGUCUGUAACCGAACGACUGGAUCAUGCCUUCACUGUAGCCAAAGAACACCUGGGUAUUGAUAAGCUGCUGGAUCCUGAAGAUAUGGCAACUGAACAUCCAGACAAGAAGUCCAUCAUUAUGUACAUCACAUCGCUUUUCCAGGUUCUGCCUCAGAAAGUAACCAUCGAAGCCAUCCAGGAGGUUGAAACCCUGCCACAACAGCCAAAGGUCACUCAGGAGGAACGAAGAGAGAUGCAGCGAUUCUCCCAGCAGCUUUCAGAAGUCUCAGAGGAUAAGCCAGCUGGAAGCUCACUGAUGGAAACAGAAGUGGACCUGGACAGCUACCAGAUUGAACUGGAGGAGGUGUUGACCUGGCUGCUUUCAGCUGAAGAUUCACUACAGGCUCAGGAUGAGGUUUCAGAUGAUGUGGAGGAAGUCAAGGAGCAAUUUCAUAUCCAUGAAGGCUUUAUGAUGGAGCUAACAGCACAUCAAGGCAGCGUGGGUAACAUUUUGCAGGCUGGAAACCAACUCAUUGUAGAUGGAAAACUAGAUGAAGAUGAAGAAAAUGAAAUUCAGGAGCAGAUGAACUUGCUCAACUCCCGAUGGGAAAAUCUCAGGGUAGCCAGCAUGGAGAGACAAAGCAAGUUACAUGAAGUGCUAAUGGACCUUCAACAGCAACAGCUGAAGCAUUUAGCUGAGUGGUUAACAAGAACGGAGGUCAGAAUUCACCAAAUGGAGGCACAGCCCCUCGGACCAGACCUGGAGGCAUUAAAACAACAAGUGGAGGAGCAUAAAGUUCUUCAGGAAGACCUGGAACAGGAGCAGGUCCGGGUCAACUCUCUGACUCAUAUGGUGGUCGUGGUGGAUGAGAGCAAUGGAGAGAGUGCUACAGUUGCUCUGGAGGAAGAGCUUCAGAUUCUUGGAGAAAGGUGGGCAGCUAUCUGCAAGUGGACAGAAGAUCGCUGGAUCCUCCUGCAAGAGCUUCUUCUCAAGUGGCAGUUCUUCACUGAGGAGCAGUGCCUCUUUGAUGCAUGGCUAAUGGAGAAGGAGAAAUCUGUUAACAAAAUUCAGACAACUGGCUUCAAGGAUCAAAAUGAGGUGCUGGCUAAUCUGCGGAAGUUAGUGAUUCUGAAAGGAGACUUGGAGAUGAAACGACAAGUCAUGGACAGGCUGUGUUCGCUCAGCCAAGAUCUGCUGACAGCAUUGCAAAAUAAGAUUGUAGCUCAGAAAUUACAGGCGAGGCUUGAGGAAUUUGCCCAGCGCUGGGAUAAUCUUGUACAGAGACUCGAGAACAACUCCAAGAUGGUUUCACAAUUUGUCACCACAUCUCAGACAUCGCUAACGCAGACCACAGUGAUGGAAACAGUAACUAUGGUGACCACCAAGGAGCAGAUUCAGAUCAAACCGAAAGGGGAGCAUUCUCCACCCCCUCCUAAGAAGAGGCAGGUGCUUUUGGACUCUGAGCUCAGGAAAAGAUUUGAUGUUGAUACAACAGAGCUUCACAGCUGGAUGACACGAUCAGAAGCCAUCCUUCAAAGCCCAGAGUUUGCAAUUUACCGAAAAGAAGCAAGCAUUUCAGACCUUCAAGAAAAAGUUAAUGCUAUAGAGAAGGAGAAACCUGAAAAAUACAGAAAACUGCAAGAUGCCAAUAGAUCAGCUCAAGCCUUAGUGGAACAGAUUGUGAAUGAGGGUCUUUCUGCCGAUACUAUCAAACACGCCUCACAGCAGCUGACGAACCGCUGGGAGGAGUUUUGUCAACUGCUGGUGGAACGGACGGCCUGGCUGCAAUAUCAGAGCAAGAUUAUUGCUGUUUCCUUUGAGCUACAACAACUUGAGCAAGCUCUGAUCUCAGCAGAGACCUGGCUCAAAGCACAGCAAGCACCAGCCACUGACUCAGAUACAGUAAAGAUCCAGCUGGACAAAUGCAAGGAUGAAAUUGUACGAUUGACAGCACUGCAGCCUCAGGUUGAUAAGCUGGCUGAGCAUGGGGCUGAGCUAAAACAGAAGGAGAAGGUGCCGAAAUCUUUGGAGACUGACAUCACUGCCUUCAACAAUCACUUUUCUCAAGUUCUUGCAGAUCUGCAGGCACGAGCGAAACUGCUGCAGUCCAUUCUGAGCAGCUUGCCCACACUUCAAUAUAGGGAGAGAGUGAACACACUAGCCCUGUGGAUCCAGCGAUCAGAAGCCAAACUAACUGUCCCUUGUGUUGCAGUCACAGAGUAUGAAAUCAUGGAGCAGCGACUCAGGGAACUGAAAGCAUUGCAAAGUUCCUUUCAGGAGCAGCAGAGUGACCUGAAUUAUCUCACCACAACUACAGAAGAGAUUUCCAGGAAAGCCCCGGCAGAAAUCAGCCAGAAAUAUCGAUCAGAGAUCGAGGGGCUCCUUGGCCGUUGGAAGAAAUUAUCCUCUUCUUUGAUGGAGCAGAGCCAGAAACUUGAGGAGCUGAUGACAAAGCUUCAGCAAUUUCAGAAUGACACAAAAACGCUGAAGAAAUGGAUGGCUGAAGUGGAUGUUUUUCUGAAUGAAGAAUGGCCUGCUCUGGGUGACUCAGAAGCACUUGAAAAGCAGCUGGAGCAAUGCACUGCACUGGUAAAUGACAUCCAAAUGAUUCAACCCAGUUUAAACAGUAUUAAUGAGGUUGGCGAAGCAUUGAAAAAACAGGCUGAGCCUGCAUUUGCCAACAAAUUACAAACUGAACUCGCCGAGCUGAAUGCUUGCUGGGAGAACAUCUGUAAACAGGCACAUACCAAAAAGACUGCAUUAAAGGGUGGCCUGGAUAAGACCAUGAGUCUCAGGAAAGACCUGUCUGAAAUGCAGGAAUGGAUAGCACAAGCUGAGGAAGAUUACCUGGAAAGGGAUUUUGAGUACAAAACACCAGAAGUGCUCAAGAAGGCUGUGGAAGAACUAAAGAGAGCGAAGGAGGACAUUUUGCAAAAGGGUAAAGUGAAGCUCCUCAGUGAUGGUGUUAACAGCUUCAUAGCAAAGGCACCACCUGCAGCCCAUGAAGCUCUGAAGUCUGAACUGGACAUGCUGACGGGCAAUUACCAGCGACUCUGCAGCAGAUUGAAUGGAAAAUACAACACAUUUGAGGAGGUGUGGUCCUGCUGGUGUGAAUUGCAAUCAUAUCUGGAAGCAGAGAAUAGAUGGCUUGAUGAACUGGAACAUAAACUCGGGGAAACAGAGAAUUUACAGGGAGGAGCAGAGGAAAUCUCAGAGGCACUAGAUUCCCUAGAGAAUGUAAUGCGUCACCCAGAGGAAAAUCGAAAUCAAAUCCGUGAGUUAGCACAGACACUGACUGAUGGCGAGAUCUUGGAUGAGCUGAUCAAUGAAAAGCUGGAGAUGUUUAACACUCGUUGGGAGGAGCUCUUACAACAGGCUGGAAGAAGACAGCAAGUCCUUGUGCAGAGUAUUCAGUCGGCUCAGGAGACUGACAAAACCUUGCGUUUAAUCCAAGAAUCUCUCGUGUUGAUUGACAAACAGCUGACGUCAUACAUUGCUGACAGAAUUGAUGCAGCCCAGGUCCCUCAGGAAGCUCAGAAAAUCCAAUCUGAGUUGAGUAGUCAUGAGAUAAGUUUGGAAGAAAUGAAGAAAAGAAACCAGGCCAUUAACGGUGCGGGGCAGAGUAAAUCUGCAGGACGAGUCCUUUCACAGAUUGACGUGGCACAGAAGAAGCAGCAGGAAGUGUCCACCAAGUUCCGCUUGUUCCAAAAACCAGCAAACUUUGAGCAGCAUCUUUUGGAGUGUAAGAGGCUCCUGGAUGAGGUGAAAGCAGAACUGGAUAAAUUGGAGACCAGCAGUGUGGAGCCUGACUUUGUGCAAUCACAACUUGAUAAUUUUAUGAAGUUGUAUAAAAGUCUGAGUGAAGUGAAGUCUGAAGUGGAAACGGUAAUUAAAACUGGACGCCAGAUUGUGCAGAAACAGCAAACAGAGAAUCCCAAAGAACUGGACGAGCGGCUCACAGCCCUGAAACUGCAAUAUAAUGAACUUGGAGCCCAGGUGACUGAAGGGAAGCAAGAAUUAGAAAAGUGUCUGAAAUUGUCCCGCAAGCUAAGGAAGGAAGUCAAUGCCUUGACGGAGUGGCUGGCAGCAACAGAUGCAGAGCUGACAAAGCGAUCAGCGGUUGAAGGAAUGCCAACUAAUUUGGAUGCUGAAGUUGCUUGGAGUAAGGCUAUCCAGAAAGAUAUAGAGAAGCGGCGGCUGCUAUUAAACAGUAUUACCGAGACAGGAGACUCUCUGAGGAUCUUGAUGAAGAAGAGUAACAGUGCUGUGGAUGAUAAACUCAGUCUUUUGAACUGUAAUUGGAUCGCAGUCACAUCACGGGCUGAAGAGUGGCUCAAUCUUCUACUGGAAUAUCAGAAACAGAUGGAAAAUUUUGAUCAGAAUGUGGCUCAGAUUACUGCAUGGAUGUAUCGUGCUGAGAUUUUAUUGGAUGAAUCUGAAAAACAGAAAGUGCCACAGAAAGAGGAAGUUUUGAAGCGUCUGAAGGCUGAACUCAAUGAUAUGAGAUUGAAGGUGGAUGCGGUGCGUGACCAGGCUGUGGAGCUGAUGACAAACCGUGGAGAUCACUGUAGGGAGGUCGUGGAACCCAAGCUGUCAGAGCUUAAUCAGAGGUUUGAUGACAUCUCGCACAGAAUAAAGACUGGCAAGCAAUUGGUUCUGGAACAUUUAUCUGCUUCACCAGGAAUUAUUGUAAUGGAGUCCAGUGAACUGAAACCCCAGAAGAGUUUUUUGGCAGUGCAGAAAAAAGUGCAACAGCAGGUAUCUCCAAAGGAGUUAGAACAGUUUGAUACAGCUCUUCAGCAAAUGCUGGGUGCAGUGGAAGCAGAAAUACAGCAGGGCGAAAAUCUCAAUGAAAGCGACUUCAAGAAAGAGACGAAUGAGGAUGAUGAGCGGAGAGUGAAUGAAUUGACAAAACGGGGAGACAGUUUACAACAGAGCAUCACGGAUGAGAGAAAGCAAGAAGAAAUUAGGAUGAAACAGCAGAUGCUGCAGGCUAAAUUUAACAUUCUCAAGGACCUGAGAUCCAUUAGAAGGAAAAAGGCUCUUGAGAUAUCACCUCACUGGUACCAGUACAAGAAACAGACCAACAAUCUAUUGCAGUGGUUGGAUGAAAUUGAACAAAGGUUAGCCCGUCUUCCAGAACCCAAAGAUGACCAGAAGAUUAAGGAGAUGGAUGCUGAACUGGAAGAGAAGAGAGGAGACCUGAAUGAAUUGUGCAGACAAGCACAGAGCCUGUCAAAAGAAGGGGCUGCCAAGGCACUGGAGCCGCAGCUGAUCCAGCUCAACAAACGCUGGCGUGAAAUUGAAAACAAAUUUGCUCAGUAUCGAAGAUUGAACUAUGCAAAAAUUCAGAGUGUUUAUGAAGAGAGUACCGUAACUGCGCUGACUGAAGGGGUAAUGCCUGAAACCUCUUACGUGCCUUCUGCCUACCUGUCAGAGGUAUAUCUGCUUCAUCAAGCUGUGUGUGAAGUGGAAGUUCGGCUCAACUCUCUGGAGCGUCAAGUCAAGGACUAUGAAGAUUUCUCCAAACAGGAGGAUUGUUUAAAGACCAUAAAAGAGACCCUGGAGAAACUCUCUGGCCGAGUAGAGGCCGUUCACAGCAAGAAACCUGCAGUCCUCCAGAGUGCCUCGCUCACGGAAGCAGAGCAGGUACGGAAUGCCGUGGCUCAGCUGGAUGCCAAAUGGGAAACAGUAAACAAGAUGUACACUAAUCGACAAAUGAAGUUUGACAGAUCCAUUGAGAAAUGGCAAGGUUUCCAUUGCGAUUUGAAUGGCUUGGACCAGUGGCUGACAGAAGCAGAGCAGAUCCUUGCUGAGGUCCAGUUUGUAGAACCAGCUAAAUCGAAACAGAAGUACAAGGAAUUGCAGGAUGGAAUUGGAAGCCAGCACGCUGUUGUCACUUCUUUGAAUGUGACCGGGAAAGAGAUUAUUGACCAGUCGUCAACAGCAGACGCUGGAAUCCUCAAGGAGAAACUCAGCAGCCUUAACAGACGGUGGCAGGGGGUCUGCAGACAGGUGGAUGCAAGAAAGAAAAGGUUAGAGGAAGAUAAGACUCUCCUUUCAGAAUUGCAGAAAGACCUGAAGGAAUUUAACUGCUGGUUGGAAGAAGGAGAGAGGAUUGUAAGGAUAGAACUUGUCCCUGGAAAUGAGCAGAACCUGAAAGACUCAUUGGAGACAGUCAAGUUGCAAGUGGACGAAAUACCGUCACGUAAAGGGAUCUUGAAACGUAUGAACGAGAGUGGAGGAGUGUCACUGAAAAGCGAGGCUCUGACUCCAGAGCAACAUUUCAAACUGGAAACUGAACUCCUGGAGGUUAACAACCGCUUCACAAAGGUUUCCCAUAAACUACCUGAGAAACAGAAAGAGAUCGAGGAGCUACUGAAGGAUUUUGUUCGCUAUCAGCAGCAGCUAAACCACUUGGCACUGUGGGCCGCUUCCACAAAAGAUCAACUUGAAUUGUACAAGCAAGCACCAGUACCAGGGGCUGUUGACAUCAAGGAGACGGAGGAAGGAGUGUUAGCGAAGCAGGCUGAUGUGGAAAGUAUUUUGUCCAAGGCGCAUUACUUCUAUAAAGAAAGGCCCAUCGCUCAGCCAUUAAAGAGAAAAAUAGAAGAUCUAAAUUCUGACUGGAAGACGAUUAAUAAGUUGCUUCAAGAUUUGAAUCAAAGGCAUCAACUUGGUGUAGGUUCAACCAAACAGCAAACUGUUGUGACACAGACACUAGUUACCACAGAAACCUCCUUUACCAAGCUAGAAAUGCCAUCCUCUUUACUCAUGGAAGUGCCAGCGCUGACUGACUUCAACAAGGCCUGGGUGGAAUUGACAGACUGGCUCUCUUUGCUGGAUCGUGUGAUCAAAUCUCAGAUUGUGACAGUAGGGGAUGUCGAAGAAAUCAAUGACAUGAUCAUAAAACAGAAGGCUACUCUGCAAGACUUGGACCAAAAGCGCCCUCAGCUGGAGGAGCUUAUUACUGCAGCCCAGAACCUGAAGAACAAGACAACUAACCAGGAGGCUCGUGCAGUCAUUACAGAUCGCAUUGAAAAGGUUCAAACCCAGUGGGAUGAGGUGCAGAACCGACUACAAGCCCGCACUCUGCAGUUGCAGGAGAUGCUCAAGGACUCCAACCAGUGGCUUGAAGCUAAACAAGAAGCAGAAGAACAUCUGGAGAGAGCUAAAACCAAGCAGGGAACUGGGAAAGUAAUGUCCUACACCGUGGACUCAUUGAUGAAGCAGAAUGCAGAGCUUAAGCAAUUUUUCAAGGAGCUGCGACAGUGGCAGAUACACAUAGAUGUGGCUAACGACCUCGCUGGCAAGCUUCCGGACUAUUCCACGGAUGACACCAGGAAGGUGGGACUGAUGGCAGAUAACAUUAAUGCUUCAUGGGCGGCCAUUAAUAAAAGAGUCAGUGAGAGGGAGGCUGCGCUGGAAGCAGCCCUCAGAAUGCUGCAGCAGUUCUAUCUGGAUUUGGACAAAUUCCGGGCCUGGCUUACAGAAGCAGAGACCACUGCCAAUGUCUUGCAGGACGCCACCUACAAAGAAGGACUAUUGGAUGAUGCCCAGCUGGUUCGAGAGCUGACCAAACAGUGGCAGGAUCUGCAGUCAGAAAUUGAAGCUCACACUGACAUUUACCAUAACUUGGAUGAAAAUGGACAGAAAAUACUUAAGAGUCUGCAGGGCUCGGAAGAUGCAAUUUUGCUACAGAGGCGCCUCGAUGAUAUGAAUUCUCGUUGGACUGAACUCAGGAAAAAAUCCCUUAACAUUAGAGCCUGUUUGGAGGCAAGUGCUGAACAGUGGAAGCGACUCCAGAUCUCCCUACAGGAGCUCCUGGUGUGGCUCAACUUAAAGAACGAUGAGCUGAAGAGCCGAAUGCCUGUUGGUGGUGAUGUUACUGCAGUACAACAGCAGAACGAUGUACACAGAAGCUUCAAGAGGGAGUUGAAGUCGAAGGAACCAGUGAUCAUGAGUGCACUUGACACAGUGCGUCUGUUCUUAGCAGACCAGCCCGUAGAAGGACCAGAAAGUCUCUUUCCGCUAACAAAAGAAAAAACACCAGAAGAGAAUGCCCAGAGUGUUGCUAGAGUCAUUCAAAAGCAGUCGGAGGACGUGAAAAUAGAGUGGGAGAAGCUGAGCAUUCGCUCUGUUGAUUGGCAGAAGCGUUUGGAUGAAGCCCUGGAAAGACUUCUGGAGUUGCAGGAUGCUAUGGAUGAACUGAACCUCAAACUGCGCAAGGCUGAAUCUAUCCGAGACUCGUGGCAACCUGUGGGAGACCUGCUGAUUGACUCUCUGCAGGACCAUAUAGAAAAAGUCAAGGCCUUCAGAGCAGAAAUUGCUCCUUUGAAAGAGAAUGUGACGCACAUGAAUGAUCUCGCCUGCCAAUUCACACCGACGCAAAUCCAACUGUCUCCAUAUAACUUGAACCGGUUGGACGACCUGAAUACGAGGUGGAAACAAUUACAGGUGGCUAUUGAGGAGCAUCUGAAGCAGCUGCACGAGGCCCAUAGGGACUUUGGCCCCACAUCUCAGCAUUUCUUGUCCACUUCUGUCCAAGGUGCUUGGGAGCGAGCAAUAUCGCCUAACAAAGUGCCCUACUACAUUAACCACCAGACCCAGACUACCUGCUGGGAUCACCCCAAGAUGACUGAGCUUUAUCAGUCGUUAGCUGACCUGAAUAAUGUCAGGUUUUCUGCGUACAGAACUGCCAUGAAGCUGCGAAGACUGCAGAAAGCUCUCUGCUUGGACUUGCUCUCUCUGCCAAGUGCAUGUGAGGCCUUUGACCAGCGCAACCUGAAGCAAAACGAUCAACUAAUGGACAUUAUGGAGAUAAUUAACUGCCUGACUACAAUCUACGAUCGACUGGAGCAGGAACACAGCAACCUUGUCAAUGUGCCUCUCUGUGUGGAUAUGUGUCUUAACUGGCUCCUGAAUGUAUAUGACACUGGCCGAACAGGGAAGAUUCGUGUCCUUUCCUUCAAAACUGGCAUCAUGUCUCUGUGCAAAGCACACCUGGAGGACAAGUACCGCUAUCUGUUCAAGCAAGUGGCAAGUCCCACUGGAUUCUGUGAUCAGCGCAGGCUGGGCCUUUUGUUGCACGAUGCUAUUCAGGUUCCACGCCAACUAGGAGAGGUGGCAUCUUUCGGAGGAAGCAACAUUGAACCUAGUGUUCGAAGUUGCUUCCAGUUUGCAAACAACAAGCCAGAUAUCGAAGCAGCCUUGUUCCUGGACUGGAUGAGGUUGGAACCCCAGUCUAUGGUCUGGAUGCCAGUGCUGCACAGAGUGGCAGCUGCUGAGACUGCCAAACACCAGGCCAAGUGCAAUAUCUGCAAGGAAUGCCCUAUCAUUGGAUUCAGGUACCGAAGUUUAAAGCACUUUAACUAUGAUGUCUGCCAAAGUUGCUUCUUUUCUGGUCGAACAGCGAAAGGACAUAAAAUGCAUUAUCCAAUGGUGGAAUACUGCACACCGACAACUUCAGGAGAAGAUGUCCGAGAUUUUGCCAAGGUAUUAAAGAACAAGUUCAGAACCAAGAGGUACUUUGCAAAACAUCCUCGAAUGGGCUAUCUCCCCGUUCAGACGGUCCUGGAGGGAGACAACUUAGAAACUCCUGUUACUCUGAUCAACUUCUGGCCAGUAGAUUAUGAACCAGCCUCAUCCCCUCAGUUAUCACAUGAUGAUACUCAUUCACGUAUUGAACAUUAUGCUAGCAGGCUAGCAGAAAUGGAAAACAGAAAUGGAUCUUACUUGAAUGACAGCAUCUCGCCCAAUGAAAGCAUAGAUGAUGAACAUUUGCUGAUCCAGCACUACUGCCAGAGUCUGAACCAGGAGUCACCAUUGAGCCAGCCUCGCAGCCCAGCUCAAAUCCUCAUUUCACUGGAAAGCGAAGAGAGAGGGGAAUUGGAAAGAGUGCUAUCUGAUCUGGAAGAAGAAAACAGGAACCUUCAGUCUGAGUACGAGAGGCUGAAGCAGCAGCAUGAUCACAAGGGCCUGUCCCCCUUGCCAUCGCCUCCUGAGAUGAUUCCUGUUUCACCGCAAAGUCCCAGGGACGCUGAGCUCAUCGCUGAAGCUAAGCUGCUUCGCCAGCACAAAGGUCGCCUUGAGGCCCGGAUGCAGAUCCUCGAGGAUCAUAACAAGCAGUUGGAAUCCCAGCUGCACCGGCUCAGACAGCUCCUGGAGCAGCCUCAGACGGAGGUCAGGGUGAAUGGUACUACCGUCUCCUCCCCUUCCAGCUCCUCACAACGAUCGGAUAGCAGUCAACCAGUGCUGCAUCACGGAGUUGGCAGUCAGACUUCGGAAAUGCUGGGUGAGGAUGAAUUGAUGAAUCCUCCCCAGGGGUCAAGCACUGGACUAGAGGAUGUGAUGGAACAGCUUAACAAUUCAUUUCCAAGCUCUCGAAGCAACAAUGUAGGCAACCUCUUCCAUGUGGUGGACGAUUUAGGCAGAGCGAUGGAAACUUUAGUGACAGUCAUGACUGAUGACGAGGCAGCAGAGUAACCAGAUGUGCUUUAUCACAACAUUGGCUUCAGAUGUCAAGCAUGGUUUUUAUAUGUUCGUACAAAAUAUAAAAGGAUUGGACCGUACAGGUUUACAAGAAAAAAAAGAAAACAUCUAUUUUUUUGUGAAAGGUAGUGGUAUAUACUGUAGAUUUCAGUAGUUUCUUAAGUCUGUUAUUGUUUUGUUAACAAUGGCAGGUUUUACAGUUCUAUGCAAUUGUACAAAAAAAACAAAAACGUAAAAUCUUGGUAGCUACAUACCUUGCCAUUGCUUUGUAUGGAACGUGUUUCGGAUUGUUAAAUUUGUAACAAUUAUGAAGAUUGUUCACUAAAGGGUGCUUUCUAACAAAUAUACAUAAUUUUAUUGUUUAUAAACCUUCCAACUCCCCUCCAAAAAACAUUUUAAAAUUAUAAGCAGUAAUGAAUUUGUCUUUGCAACAUUACAGCUCUAAAAUCAAAUCGGAGAAAUAUCAAUGAUUAGUUUUAACUAGAUUUCCUUUUUAAUCAGUGAAUUACAGUAGCACAUAGCAGUACCAAAUUAAUCUGGGAUCCAGUCACGAAUUUGAACUUUUUUUAAUGAAAUACUAGUUAUCAAUCACUGCAUCUCCCAGGAAACCACUAUAAUUCAGGCAUAACAAUUGCACUUUGGAGAGUUCUUAUAUGUUCAGCAUUAGACAUAUUUUAUCAACAAAGUCAGCAGAAAUCAUUUCGUACCAUGUUGUUUCUACCUCAUUUUUUUGUUUUUGGAUAAAUUUUCCCUCCAGUUAAAAACACAAAAAAACAGUUAAAUUAGAUUCAGGACAAAAAUCAGUGCCCUUAGAUUUAAAGUUAGAAGCAUAAAAUCUGCUAUUAGACUUUGACUAAAUUUCACAAAUAGCCUCUCCACAAUAGAGAAAGUUUUUGAAAUGUAUUCAUGUGACUAUUCAGAGUUGCAUUCUGUUUCUAAGUCAAUCUUGAACCAACUUUUUUAAGGCAUCAUCUGUUUUCUAAUCCAUUCAAGUAAGGUACAAAUAAGGGUUAGUUUACCACAAAUAUCUCUGCUGAAAUAGAUAUUUGCUCGCAGCAGCUGUGUUCUCGGUUGUGAUUUCAUUAAAUAGAAUACUAGUUUUUUUUUGAGUGCGUAGGAAAAAAUGCAAAAUAUAAAUUACCAUUACUUCAAAAACUAUAUCAUCAAACAUUUGAGUUCACUUUGGUAUGACCUGAAUGUAUUUGACUAUGGAAGUAAUCGGUAUAACUUGGUGCAUAAAUAUCACUGCAGCAUGUUACGUCAUUUUAACCAGUAUUGUUUGUUAUUCAAAUAUCAUAAUAUAUUGCAUUAUGCAUUACAUUAACAUCUUCACUACAUAUACUAAUUGUUUUGUAAAGUAUAUUUUUCCUGCAUUAUCAUCACAUAUCAAGUUCCACACAAUAUAUGCCUUACUAUUGUAUUAUAUAUUGCUUUACUGUGUAUACAAAUAAAGCACGCAGUUAUAUUA